GUAGAGAAGAUAAAAUAAAGCCUGUUUGGUUCAUACAUUUGAAUAUUACCGUGCCCAAGGUCAAAUCCGGGAUAAAAGAUCCUAGUUUAUUAUUGCUAAUUUAAACUACAAAAUCAGUGUAAAGUUGUCAGAUAAAUUUCGGCCGAAUCAAAACGCAAAUAAAAAUUAUUGUUUUGUUGCGUAUUUUUUCAAAGUUGUGAUGAGACAUAAAUUGGUGAACACACAUCUAAUUAUAUAUAUUGACAGAAUUUGUGUUUAUUUAUUAUGUAGAUAAUUUACGCUUAUCCAUUAGUUCACGUGAACAUUAUUUAGAAAAUACAGUAAGAAUGUUCAAGUAUUUGUUGUCGUCGGUGUUCGUCUGUUUGAUGGUUGGAAUUUCUGUUAAAGAGAUUAUGUAAACUCCGUAGAACCAAAUUGGAGACCCAUGGAUCAAUAUUACUUUUGCUUAGCAUGUGAUGACAAAGACAAAGACCCGAGAUGUCCCAAAUGGAAAUUUCUUUGCGGAAAAGGUAACGCUUACGUAGACACUAAUUGUAAGAAGACAUGCGAUGCCUGCCCAACAACUGGAGGAGGUGGUGGGGGAGACGGGGGAGGAGGUGGAGGUACCACGUGGUCUGUAUGCUCAAAAACAUGCGGUAUGGGAACAAGGUUCAAAGAGGUGUGUCAAGGCAGCAGCUGUUCAAAACAAUGGGAAGCAUGCGAGAUACAAGACUGCCCAAAAGCAACCUGCAACUCUUAUAAUGAUGAAAUCCAACGAGAGGGGAUACCACAUGCCUGCUGCACCGAGGAUUUAUAUUCUGAGUGUGGAAAACAAUUCACCAACACACAAAAAGUGCUACAAGGAGAUUCUGCAAUAUUCAAAAAAUACCCUUGGAUUGUGGCAAUCAAUGCAACUGUACCAUUUGUUAGAAACAAACAUUACUGCGCUGGAGCCUUGGUGUCUACGAAGCACGUUGUUACAGCAGCCCAUUGUCUUGCAAAUCGCGAUACUGGAAAAGCGUAUCCUUUGAAUUCGUUUCUGCUCAGUUUUGGACUUCUACGAUUGUCGGAUUCUCCAAUGGCUACCAGGACGGUAAAGAAUAUGUAUUUCUGGCCACGAAAAACAAGUUAUAAUAUUGGCAAAGUAUUCGACUAUCCUCGUCAUGAUAUAGCCGUUAUUGAGCUUUCGCAACCGGUGACAAUAUCCUCCAAUAUUUAUCCCAUCUGUCUUCCGCACGGGGAAAUCACCCCUAAAGAUACAACAGGGUUAAUUGCAGGCUGGGGAAUAAAUUCUGCGAAUGGAAGACUCAGCCAAACUCAUUUGCAAGAAGCUGCUGUUCAAAAUUUGGAUAUUGACAUUUGUCGUGUUGGUUAUGCAAAGCAUGAAUCAAUAAUACCUAAGGAAGUCAGUUAUGCGCAAACAAGUAAUGAUAUAUUGUGUGCGGGAAGCAUUCAUAAAGUAGUAAAUACAUGCCGGGGUGACAGUGGCGGACCUUUGAUGUUCCAAAGAUGUGAAAGCUGUAGUUGGUAUUUGGGUGGAAUUGUGUCUUUUGGUCAUCCAGAUUGCACAAAAAAAAUACCCGGCGCUUACACAAAAGUUUUGUCUUACGAAAAAUGGAUAAGAGAAAUUAUCAAAGUAGCACCGGAUAACUUUUAUUGUUCUAAAAAGGUCGGACCGUAAAUUUUAUCCAACCUUGAGACGGAUAUAUUGUGAAUAUUAUUUGUGUCUUUCUUGUGAUAGUACUAUUGAUAAUAUUUUCAAGAUAUGUAGAAUGAAGAUCCAACAUCAGCAAUGCAUUUUUUAUGCGCAUAUAUAUAUAUAUAUAUAUAUAUAUAUAUAUAAUAGUUUGAAAUUAGGUAACUCAUCGUAUCAUAUUAUUGCUAGCCACGUGAGGCUGCUUAGAUUCAAAAUUUGCAGUAAGUACAUAUUCAACUCUACGUUCAUGUAUAUACACAAACUUACAUAUACUAGGUGUUAUGUCAUUCUAAUUAAAUUGACGCUAUUGUAAUAAAAUGCUUUUAAAACUAA